AUUAUAUUUAUUUUUGUAUUCGUUUACUUGGAUCCUUUUAUUUUCCACUUUUUAUUUCUAUCUAUUCAAAGUUUACUUUAAUUUAGGCAGUUAUUCCAUAUGUUAUUUAUUCAACGUAAAAUCUACUUAUAAAAGAUGGCUUUGAAAUUACAAAACACACAAAAUCUAGUCAAACAGACUCAAAUUUUAUUAAGGAAUUACUCGAAGAUUACUACACAUUAUACGAUCCAUCCCAGGGAUAAAGAUCCAAGAUGGAAGGACGUGAAUAUGGAAAGGUUCGCAGACGAAACCGACAUAUUAAUAGUAGGCGGAGGCCCAGCCGGGAUGAGCGCAGCCAUCCGAGCGAAACAACUAGCCGAACAGGACGGCAAAGAGCUGAGAGUGUGCUUGGUGGAGAAAGCCUCAGAAGUCGGAGGCCACAUUCUAUCGGGCGCCGUAAUCCAACCGCAAGCUCUCGACGAACUCAUACCCGAUUGGAAGGAAAAAGGCGCCCCUCUUAACACCCCCGUUACCGAAGACAAGUUCGGUUUUCUAACCGCCACUAAAAGGGUCAACAUACCGAUAUUUAAAGGUCUACCUAUGGACAAUCACGGUAACUACAUAGUACGAUUAGGCCACGUAGUUAGGUGGUUAGGCGAGCAAGCCGAAGCCCUAGGCGUGGAAACCUACCCGGGUUAUGCGGCUUCCGAAGUUCUCUACCACCCCGACGGUAGCGUGAAGGGUAUAGCCACAAACGACGUGGGUAUAGCCAAAGAUGGCAGCCCUAAAGAAACCUUCGAAAGGGGCAUGGAACUGCACGCCAAAUGCACCAUAUUCGCCGAAGGCUGCCACGGGCAUCUAUCCAAGCAGAUCAUCAGGAAAUUCAACCUCAGGAGCCGCUCCGACUACCAAACCUACGGAAUAGGGUUAAAAGAAGUGUGGGAAAUAGACCCUUCGAAGCACACACCGGGUCGAGUGGAGCACACCUUCGGCUGGCCCCUCGACAUACACACCUACGGGGGCUCGUUCUUGUACCAUUUGAACGAACCCACGCCCCUCAUCGCCGUCGGUUUCGUGAUAGGAUUGGACUACACGAACCCCUACUUGAGCCCCUUCAAGGAGUUCCAGCGGUUCAAGCAUCACCCGUCCGUUAAGCACUACUUCGAAGGCGGUAACCGCAUAGCCUACGGCGCGAGGGCCUUGGUCGAGGGAGGGUUCCAGAGCAUCCCGAAGCUCACCUUCCCUGGAGGGUGCUUGGUGGGAGAUUCCGCGGGUUUCAUUAACGUUCCGAAGGUGAAAGGUACUCAUAACGCGAUGAAAAGCGGUAUGUUAGCGGCAGAGAGCGCCUACGAAGCGAUCAAUUCCGAGAAGCAAAAGACCGAAGGGUUCGAGCCCAAAUCGUACGAAGAUAAAAUCAAAAACAGCUGGAUAUGGAGCGAGCUUAAAGCUGUGAGAAACAUCAGGCCGAGCUUUCACAAUCCCAUCGGGCUCUACGGCGGGUUGAUGCACAGCGGUAUUUCCAUAUUGCUGCGCGGGAAAGAACCGUGGACUUUAAAACACGGAAUUCCGGAUAAUCAGAGACUGAAGCCAGCCAAGGAGUGUAAACCGAUAGAAUAUCCGAAACCCGAUGGUAAAAUUAGCUUCGAUCUUCUGUCUUCGGUUGCUCUAACCGGUACUAAUCACGAAGGCGAUCAACCGGCCCAUCUCACUCUUCUGGAUGACUCGGUUCCUUUAAGCACGAAUCUCCCGAUUUACGACGGGCCUGAGGGAAGAUUUUGCCCUGCAGGUGUCUACGAAUAUGUACCGUUAGAAUCCGGUGAAGGAAUGAGACUGCAAAUCAACGCUCAAAACUGCAUACACUGCAAAACCUGCGACAUUAAAGAUCCGAAGCAAAACAUCAAUUGGGUGGUUCCCGAAGGUGGCGGUGGACCAGCUUACAACGGAAUGUAAAGCAGGGGAUCUUUUGGGCACAAUCUAUCAACACAAUCAAUUGAUUGCCAACUGGUAAUAUGAUAUUUUACUGAUCUAUUGGUGUGCUAGAUAUCCUAUAAUAUUUAACCAAUAAAUUAUAUUUUAAAUAAGAAUUAUUUUUCUGCAUCUCCGGGGUAGCUAAGGUUUAAAAUGAAACAAUCGAGAGGUACCAUUGGCUGUAAUAAUAUAUUUGAAAGAAAAUUUUCGGUCCUUUUUGUUACACAUCACCUCAAAAGUAUAACUGAUCUUAAACUUUAUGUAUAAAUAUGUACAAGGUACUGAUGUAUUCUUUUUCAUUAUGAUCUAGUUCAAGGUCACUUUAAGUUAAUUUUGGAGUCAUCUAAUAAAGAUAAUGUCAGUUAUUGAUUUUCAUUUGACACGCAGACCUCAGUUCGGUUACAAAAUCAAUCGAGUAACUAUCCAACCACAUACAGGGCGAUUCUCGCAACGAUUUUUAGGACACCAGGAAUUGCCCGAGCGUACGUUAAAAAUAUAUUUCCAAGUACGCUCGCGCAACUAGACACAAGACUAUUGGAAGACUACUAGAUAGUAAACUAUUUUAGACAUUUAUUUUUCCAAAGAGUUGUACGAUUAGUUGUGCCCUAAUCGUUGCGAUGCCGCCUGAAUCGAUAUGUUUAAAUCGAAAAUAAAUCGUGUUUGACGAGGCGUUUACAGAAAAGGUCUAAUACUUGAGAGUUUUUUUGGCACUAAAUCAUACUGCAAUCGAUGCAGUAUUCGCAUUGUCUAGUAGAGCCGGAGUCUAAUAGUAAAAUGCAUUCAAAAUACGGCUUUAUUCGCGUCCGGAAUACUCGUUAAAAUCAUAAAAAGCGACUAUUUGCUUUAUUCUCUAAUCAUUCUACAUUAGUAAAAGGCACAUCAAGAACCAAUAAUAGAGAAUAAACGUUGCUUUGUAAUGACACGUUACUAUUAAAGACGCUUUACUUCUACGCUCUCGUAUCGAUUAUUAAAUCGAGAAACUCUUCUAAUCUAGUUUAAGUACUGAAUUUAAUUAAGCGUUCAAACUAAGUAACAAUCGAAAGGGAUUUCUGUGAAACGCCUCGGUUCGAAUCGAUUAGCAGGCCAGGUAGAGAUGAGAUUACUAAAGUCAUAAUAUCAAAAUACAGCUUUUCUACCCUUUAUCACUUUUCUCGUAUACGUACGCGCACCCAUAAAAAAAAUUGUUUCCAUUGGUCCCAUCCAGCCUAGCUUCAUCGGACCGUAACGUCCCGAAAAUUAUACAAAAUUAGCACCGCGAAAUGCGAACGUUGAUCGUUCGGUAACCAAACUGCGAUCUGUGCACUUUUUAACGAACGAUCAUUGCAACUUGCUAUUGCAUUUUUUUGAUUAUUAGCGGUGUUUUAUUUGAUUUGCAAGUUGAAUAGUAUCGAAGUAGUAUUGCGUCAAAACGAACGGUUAUACUUAGAUAUUUUUUUGAUAAAAGUUACAAAUAAUUUUUUUAUAAUAAAUAUUUGAAUUGUUUUUCUCUCCUCUUACGUUUCUUCAUUAAGAGUAUCAUUGAUGGCGAGUAUUAAUCAUUAGUUAAUAAAUAUCAAUAAAUAAAAGGAAUAUAUUUUGAUUUUCCGCGAACAGAAGGUAAUCUCAAAAAAGUGAUUGUCACAAUUGUAUUGCAAUGAUCAUUGAUUAAACAGCGCUUUAAUCACAACAUUUAAAAUUUCUUCAAAUAAACGUCAACAUUUUUAAGGUUCUUCCGCCAUUAUACAAUUUUUAAAUAAAGUAAUAACAAUAGGCGAUAAAAAAUUAUUUGUUUUUUUUAUAAUAUAUACUUAAUUUAAUUUCGUUUUGCAAAUGGCCUUAAGAAAAAAUACUUAAUAAUAAAAAUAAAAAUUAAAUAAUUUAAAAUUAAUAAAAUAUACAUGAUAUACAUACAUGAUACAAUAUAUGCACGCUUAUCGUCUAAAAACAAAGCGCUUUAUUUGAUUGGUUUCAAUAGAAAAAAACCGUAAACUGUUAACAUUAUAUACUAAUUAAAAUUUAUCACGUUCAUUGGAUAGCCGUAAAUGGAUACGAAAUUAAUUUGCAAAGUCCAGAGAUUAAAUUAAUUCAAUUGGCUAUCCAGAAUUGAUUCAUAUUUACCGACGAUUCCGUCACAAAUAAAUAAAAUAAAAUACUUUAAAAGCACCAAGCACACAGGGCGAGUAAAUGAAAUCCAACCCUUUAAAGGAGUAAACUAAAAGACCCCUUUAUUAUAAAAAUAGGAGAUUUAAAAAUGUGUUAGUAAUAUUUGUACAUAUUUUAUACGAUUCCUAGUAUUGAAACCAGCUAAUAAAUCGCCUUGCGUAUAUGCAAAAAUAACAAUGACUUACUAAUUUUUUUCUGUAAAUUAGUUCUACAUCCACGGACCACAACCGAUUUGAGAUGUAGUAUUUUCAUUUUACUAGGCCUAAAUUCAUUUAUUCAGCAUUGUACAAAUAUAGCAAGUUGUAAAUAUAUAACUUUAGCAUACAAUAUUUACAAAGAAAAAUAUACACUAUGUACGUGGAAUUUUACUAAUGUAAAAAUAUUAUAGUACUGCACCUUCUAAGUUGAAUCUUUUUUUUUAAUUAAACCACUUAAUAGCUUUUUAUUCUAAGUAAAAAUAGGUCAAUUAGCUAAUCUACUAAUUAGGAGUCCUGAUAUUAUUUCACGUUUAUCGAAAUCUAAACGAUCGCGUAAAAAAAAACCAACAAAAAAAUUCUUAUCCACGCGCGGAUAAAAUAGUAUAAACAAAACGCUUAAAAAUAAAUAAAAGGAACAUUUUAAAAUAAAAUAUACAAUAAAAAGAUCCCGGGCGAUCGUAUAGACUUCGACAAAAACGCCGGUAUAGUUAUUGAAAGGUUCACACCUCCCGCAUAUAAUCGCGUUUAUAUUCAAAAAAUAUAAAUAACCGUAUAUAAAGUUUCUCCUGUCUUGGCCGAUGACCGAUCCAUUGACAAUUCAAAUUGACUUGGUGCGUUCUUUGGCAUACAAUUACUCUAAGAAAACAACAACGAAAAAACAAAAAAGACGAACAACCGAACCUAACUUUCCUUUUUCAGCCUAGUAAUUCCCUCUCGCACGUAACUCACUAAAUCGAUCAGGGAACUGUGCAUGGUCAACGGUCUACAUUGUCUGUCCAAUUCGAUGAAAAAAUCUGGAAAAACAAAACGAUAAAUCAACCAAUCGAUUCGUCGAGAGUUGUUCUACCAACAACUUACCGGUGUAUGGGCCUUUAAGAACCAAUUGGUCCGCCAUAUCCCAGAGUUCUUGGUACGAGAGUAGAUAUGUGAAUUGUUGGUUCAGCUUGGACAUGGCGUUGUAAACAGAGAGCGGCACCCACGCCCCGGCGUUCUGCGAGUGGGUGUUCACAGGCACGUUUCCCCUGCUGGCCAAUUCGCCGCUGUUGUAGCCCGACGAUUGGCUGCCGACGCUGCCGACGCUCCCGGCCGGCGACGGCGUCGGCGACAACGGCGACGGCGUCCCUUGGCCCUGCUGGUGGUUCUGCGGAUCCUGCGCCAGAAGAGCGGCUUGGUUCUGCAAUAAACGAAAAUACCACGGUGGAUUAGACUGGAUGCGGUGAAACGUAAGAGACCAAGGAGG